GGCAAUACGCGCUGGUCCAUCGAACUUACAGCUUCGGGCGGGUGAUUUACAUUUUCCCAUAUUUGUUAUUUUAUUCCAGCUCGUGCAAUAUUUUAUGGAUUGGUUUUCUACUUAAUCAGUGACUGUAUUUCGUUUCCAGAAGUGCAAGACAAUGACAAAGUACGAGAGUACAGUUCCGGGCAUGACCUACCCGUCAGGCCGGGAUUAUCCUUUAAAGACGUGCUUCGGUUUCCUCGAGGGACGGCGAAAAGAUGACGGGGCAGAAGGUUUGUGGCGAAUUUAUGACAACCUCUACGACUUGGACUCGUUCAUACGAAAUCAUCCCGGAGGUUCCGAGUGGUUAACCAUGACACGGGGAACGGACAUCACAGAAGCAUUUGAGGUCCACCACAUAACGGAUAAGGCCGAGCGAUUGUUACCGAAGUUUUUCGUGCGCAAGGCCGAGGCGUCUAGGUCACUGGCCUAUACCUUCGAUUCGAGCGGCUUCUAUAAAAAAUUCAAAGCAAGGGCUCGUGAGGCCCUGAAGGAUGUGGACUUUCACACGCCGUCUCCUAAAUCCAAACGUAUCGCCGAUUCAAUGGUGACGAUGGCUAUCCUAGGUGCCAUCAUUGCUGUUAUGACCAAGUCGUGGAUGGCCAUUGCUUUUAGCGCUCUUUUUCUCACGUGGACGGUCAUAAGCGCGCACAAUUUCUUUCACAUGAGGGACAACUUUCGCAUGUUCUACUUUGACAUGAGCCUGAUGUCGUCGAAGGAGUGGCGCAUAUCCCACAUCUUGAGUCACCACCUCUAUCCCAACACCCUUUGGGACAUGGAGAUAUAUACCCUGGAACCUUUCAUCGCUUACAUGCCCACCAAGGACAAAACGCUCUUGUAUCGGCUGGUGAUGUUGGCUUUUGAACCGCUAUUCUUUGGUCUCUGUUUUUUCGGCCAAGCUGUCAAACGAUAUUAUUCGAUAUACACGGAUUGGAAGAGUCCGGAAUUCCGGGAUAUCGUGCCAUUCUUUCUGCCGAUCAUAAUGAGCUUUUUCGCCGCGUCGCCCUUUGAAGCGGUUAAAACAUGGCUGUGCAUAAUAAUCCUAAGCAGUUUCAUCUUCAAGUUCAUCGGACUAACAGCUGCCCAUCAUCAUCCCGAAAUUUUUCACGAUGGUGAUGUUUGCAGAAAGGACCCUGACUGGGGUCUGAUGCAACUUGACGCAACGCGGGAUCGUAAGGUGAUCGACGACUCGCUGUUUCUCGUUUUGACCAACUUUGGUUCACACGGGAUGCACCAUUUACUUCCAACCGUAGACCACGCGUACCUGGAGCUCUGCGUACCUGCGUUCAUCGAGACCUGUCGUGAGUUUGGUGUCGAGAUUGAGAAGUACAGCUCCUGGGAGCUGAUCAAGGGUCAGUUCCAGCAGCUCAUGCGUAUCCAGCCACGAAAGAACUACCGCGGUGGACCCGAUUGUGGCCCUUGCUUAUCUUAAGUGUACAGAAAUAGGUGUGUAAUCUGUACUUGAAUGUUUUACAUAUUUGCUUUUGUGUGUGUGUGUGUGUGUGUUUUUUUACAUAAUAUGCACUUUGUAGUAGCUGUUAACAAUGAAUGAAUAAAUGUAGAAGUUAAGAAGUACUGCAUGUUUUGUAACAGCUUCGUAUGCAAGGUCUAAUUUAAUUCUAAUGUUAAGUUCAUGUGACAAUUUACGAUGCACUGGCACGAAAGAAUAAUGUCGUCUCUUUUGUGGUCAGUCGCCUCGUGCACAGAGAGAAAUAGUGUCUCUAGAGCCGAUGAGAUCGAAAGAAUACAGGAUUCUUGUCGAUAUUUGGUGGAACUGGCUCGAGAGUUGUCGCGACAAUAAAAAUAGAACCGUAGCGCAUAACCACCUGUUCGGCCGCGGUGCCCCGGCGCGGAAUAAACGUGUUAUUUUGUGGUCGGCCGUCUCGAGCGCGAAGAACGACUUUGAUCUUAAUUUCAAAGAAUGUUCAGAUCAAGCUCUGUAUUGACGAUUUGGCGCGUGGGUUACCGGAGAGUGAAGUGCGUUGCUAAGACGAAACGAGAGUUUUUUUGUUUUUCGGCGUUGGGGACGAAGCCCUGGACGUGCUUGAUUGGGAGUAGCGCAAGAACUUGCACACGGAGCGGAUGUAUUUUGAUCGUAUCAAUAAAAUCUUUAUCAAAACAUAAA